AUGAAGGUCUGCAUCGAAGAAGCAUGCGACCAAGCUGGUCUCGGCGAGGAGGAAAGGCUGCCUGCCCAGAAGUUUUCAAAGCUGCAUCAACGUCAAUGCGACACUCUCCUUUUCAUCAAGCUUCAGAGUAUCAAGAAACAACUCCAAAAUGGUCAGCAGGAACAAGACAGUGAGUCUCGCUAUGCCACGCUUCUGCUGGACAGUGGUUUCAAGUCUCAGUUACAGGCUAAGCUCGUUGGGUGCCUACUAUCACCCGACAUCACGCACUAUCGCAUUCAGAGUCUCAUCCGGCAAGAACCCGAGAUAUUCAAUGUUCCGGUGCAGUUGUUCGAGCAUCCAGAGCUUGUCAGUCAGCUUCAGAACCUGGUAACCUACGGGCUCUCCACUGCAAGAGGGUCCAUCAAGUCAAAGCUCAAGGAAUCACUUGGGAGGAAGAGGAGGGGGUCCCAGCCUAUCCACGAGCUCUGUGCUACUCUAGCUGUACCUGGAAUGGAAAUCAAGGGUUCCCAUUGGGCUCGAGUCGCAUUCUUGAGACUUUGUUUUGUUGAGUUUCCGAAGCUCAGCAAAGGACCUGAAACUGGGUCUGCCGAAAACACCUCGACUGCAACCAAUGACGCCCUGACCAACGACAACACAAAUACUCCUGUAGGUCAGCGACAACAACUCAGUGAGUAA